AGUGUUACAAAAAUACAUUCGUUACAUACGGACUUUUAUUUUGAUUUCGGGGCUUUUAAUUACGAAGCGGAAACCUGUAGAGAUCUUCCGCUACAUCUCCUAUUAGCUAGCGCUGAACAGUGACCUUCUCUCAGUGGUCCAGUGCACUUAUAUCUUAGAGAUGGCAGGUGGUGCAUUCGCUGGCUGGUGGACUAAGGUGGCCCCCUACUACACCAAAGCAUACCAGGAGAUGUGGGUUGGUGUAGGGAUCAUGACUUUCAUGUACUACAAACUUUCAUAUGGAGGAAAGAAGAAAGCAGUGCAGUCAAAGCCCGCCCACUGAUUGGACCACCGGAGAGCGUCAUUCCCCAUGUCUUUUCUGUAAAUCUCUCACUGAAGAACUUCACCUGGAUAUCUGUAUUUUGUUUUAUGGAAACAAUAAAAUGCUUGAUUUGGAUCACAA